AUGGCCUCAAGGGGAAUAUUGGACCGUCUGGGCCAAGAGGAACACCUGGGAUGCCAGGACUUCCUGGGGCACCUGGACUCCCAGGACCUCCAGGACAUUCAGUACCUGUCAGAUAAGCCCAACUACCCCCUGAUCCAGACCCUGCUGGACUCUCUGCACCAGGACCUGAGGCUGCUGGUAGACCCUCCUGAUGGCAGCAAGGAGCACCCUGCCACCACCUGCAUGGAGCUGUGGCUCUGCCACCCCUACUACGCCAGCGGGAUGUAUUACAUUGACCCCAACCAGGGCAGCCCCAACGAUGCUCUCCUAGUCUACUGCAACUUCUCUGGCACAGCCGCACAGACCUGCCUUCACCCCCGAGAUGCCCAGAUGACCAUGAAGGCCUGGCUAAAGGAUUCCGAGACAAACAGCUCGUUCCAAUGGCUCAGCAAGCAGGAACAAGGAUUUCAGUUCUAUUACCCAGGGGCCAAUGUGGUUCAGAUGCGUUUCCUGAGGUUGCAGAGUUGGAAAGCCGUGCAAAGGAUCAUCUACUCAUGCCACCCGGGACACAGGCUGGGCCACACAGACAGAGAGGUCAAGUUCCUGGCAGACACAAGGAGGCAGAGUUUCUUGGGAGCACUUAAAGACUGCAUGCCUGGAGAAGAGGUGGCUUCGCUGGAGCCACGGGAGUCUGUGUUUGAGUUUGAGGAUAUCAACCUGCUUCCUGUGAGAGAUGUGGCUGUCUUCGGGGGUGGAAACGUCACACAUGAAUUUGGCUUCACCAUCGGGCCCAUCUGUUUCAGCUAGAGAGGGAGAGAGGGGGCCCUUAUGCCCCUUUUCCACUUGCUUGGACUCACAGAGCCAGGAUAAGAGCCUGUGUUCAGGACCCCAAUACAACUAGAGAACAAGAGGACAAAGGGAAUCGCUCCACCAUUUUGCGAGGGCAUCACUCCUCUUUCCAUGUGAUAUUUUUGUUGGAGAACAUCGAUCAAUUCUCUUGUCGACUGGCUCCACAUAAAUUACUCUUUGAGAGGGCAUCAACUUCCACAGGCUCAAAUUCUUUCGGACAAUUGUAUUUUUGUUUACAGAGACAUUUGUUGUGUAAUGAAUAAUUUAUAUAAUGUUGUUUUGACUUCUAUAUGUAAUGGUUAUUUAGAAUAUUUUUAAAAACAUUUUAGAACAGCAGUUUAUGAUACUGUAAACUGCCUUCCAUUAUAGCCAACAACUUAUUUUGUAUACAGAUAUUUGAUCACUCUUUUGUUACUGAUCAUUUUCCUGCACUGCCGGACAUGCAAACUUGUAGUGUAUUCAAUGUUAAAGGCUUCUAAAGUUUAUAAUUUCCAUUUGAAAAUGUCAGACUUUAUUUGCUGUAACAAAAAAAAAUUAUUCACAUUUCCUGUUGAUGCAGGAUUAUUUUCCUGCUCUAGCAAACUGGCUCAAAUUAGAUCCAACAUCUGUAAUGUUGUCUUAUGGGUCAUCACUGACCCUUCAAAAGGUGCUUACUGAGAAACCACUGCUUGUACUUGAGGAGGCCAAAAAACUUUCUGUUGAUCUUGUUUCUUUAGAUGAGAUAAGAACCAAUAGGUUCUAAAACCCUGAUCUCUUGUAAUUAACCUAUUCCCUCCCUUUUGGCAGUGAUCGGGGAAAGAAACCUUAUUUCAUUCAUGCUUGACAUUUGUUCUGUUACUGGCCUAUUAUUUGUAAAGAAUUAUGUACCGCAUACUGUCAGUGCUUGUUUCAGCUCAUUCUUAUGGUACAGUCUCAGGUACAGUCUUGAUAUUCAACACAGACACUGAUGUGCACACUACGUGAUGUGUCUUAUUAAAAACAUAACUCAUUUGAUGUGUUUUAAAUGUGUUUCAGGUGUUCUAAUAAAGGGGCAUUAUGUUGGGCUGCUGGCUCUCCUGCUUUAGCACUGACCAAUCGCUUUCCAACUCCUCUCUUUGUUCAAUAAAUUAAGUGCUGAGGCUCAAAGAAAAGCAGCAUACACUGUAGCUGCUCAGCAAAGCUAGGAUUGCUGAAGAGGUGGUUUCAUUGGCCUGUGUUCACAAAACAUUUCAGAGUAGGAGUGCUGAUCAAGGAUCAGUUUUGCCUAUUCGAUCAUAAUUACGUAUAUGGAUUUGGGGACCUGAUCCUCAAUCAUCCCUCCUACUCUGAGACUGUGAAUAUGGGCCAUUGAGAGCAGUGCAUUUAUUUUUUUCAGUCACAACAAUUCAGUACUGUAGUGGUCUGUCUCUAUGCGUAACGGCCAACCAACGAACAGGGAAUUCAGGAAGGUCUCAGGGAGACCGUCUUAGCAUGCAGUAGCUUGCAUAAAGGAAUAUGUAUUAUGUUAAGUCUUAUAAGUACUCAACCCCCAAUCAGAAGCCACCCCCCAUUUCCAGCUCCAGAAAGAACUUUCCAAGCAUUGCUGAUAUAAAUGUUUGGUAAACGGGUAGACAGUGUCCUUUGUAGUAGAAGGCUUAUUCUCUAAAUGUUGUCACCGAACACACUUGGAUCACUGAUAGGUAGGGGGGAUAGGUAGGUGUAAAUAUUUCACCGUAAGGUUUUAUUCGAUGCAUGUGACAUAACAUUUGAUUUGAUUUCUCAGGAACAAUGUUCAGUUUUUUUUUAGAAAGUCAAUGUAUUAUUCAUUUAUCCUAUUUUUUUGGUAUCCUAAACACAUGCAAUUAGUAGCCUAACAUCAACAUGAUUGCCUUAGCUGGUUGAGACUGAUCAUUGGUGCUUUUUUAGUUCUUUUUCUUUACAGAUUCUCAUUAUUUGAUAUUCUGUUAUUAUUGUCAGGAAAUUAUAUACUGGACAUGUUUAUACCUGUGUAUAAUUCAGCAUCUCAUUCAGAGAAAUGUAUUAGCUAAAUAAAAAAAUCACAACAGUAUUCUGUACUUUCAUAUUGUAUCAACUAUAGCCCAACAGACCAUGGGUUUAUUUAAAAGCAACGGUUUCUUGAUGUAAAAAGGUUAAUGAUGCUUAAUCUCCAUAGGUAGACCGGUUGCCUCCCACAAUGUAAACAAUGUUUCAGUUGCUCUAGGUCUAGGAUUUCCAAGACUAGCUUGUCCUUUGUUCAAUCUCAGAAUGUAUGGGCAUAUGUUAGUAUGGGUUAACGAAUGCGUAACCAAUGAUGACGCGGCCUAUAGUCAUGUGACCCGCACUGAACUGUCACUGGUGAGUUGUGUUUAUGAGGAUGCAACUGCUGCUAAACUACCAUUUUCAACCGUUGAGGUUUGUAAAAAUCUAUUACACUGGGCACCCGAAUGUAGCUAAACGUUGGUCUUCGCAAAACCGUCCACUGUUUGGAAGCAAAUGAAAAGGAAAAAAGAGAACGUUAGCUAACAAGCUAGCUUGCCAUGUUACUUGGGAAAAUGAAAGGUAUUCUCUCUUCACUUGCGAGAAAUGUGGAUAAAUUCUCAACAGUAACGUAACAAGUCAACAAUUGGAUAGUGUGGUGGAAAAUUGUCUUACAAAUAUAACACUUACAAGAACUUGUGAAUUCAAUAAAGACUUUUAAUACAA